UUUGAGUAAACUCCGGGAGUUGGUGAUGGACCAGGGGGGCCUGGCGUGCUGCAGUCCAUGGGGUCGCAAAGAGUCAGACACGACUGAGCGACUGAACUGAACUGAACUGGUCCCGGCUCGCAGCUGGUUCUGGCCUGGAGCAGGGCUGCUGACUGAGACUGGCUAUUUGGGGGAGGUGGGGGGAGUGCGGCCAGAUCCUGGAGAAGACGACGAAAAGAGUGCGUAUUUUUCUAGGGCGGGGGACUCCUGCGGGACCGUACCCCUCACAAACAUGAACGAACUCUCCGGCCCGUGCCGGGGCCUGCCCCUCACAAAGAUGGCGUCUCACAGAUUCUUAUUGGUCGCAGUGGCGAUGGGCAGCUCUGAUUGGCGAAGAGAGGAGGCGUGUCGGGGGCGGGCCCAGGAGCUUAGUUUUUUUUGGUCCGGGCCUAGCUUGCAGCUGUCUGGCCCUCUACCAUGUCUCGGGCACGCUGCCACGCUCUCUUCCUGGCAGCGGUUUCUCCGCGUGGUGCAACAACCAGGGUCGCAGCGCGGCGAGGGUUGAGCGCGUGGCCUGUGCUGCAGGAGCCAGACAUGGAGUAUCAGGAUGCCGUGCGCACACUCAACACCCUGCAGACCAAUGCUAACUACUUGGAGAUGGUGAAGCGUAAGCGGGGUGACCCCCAGACACAGCUGGAAGCCAUGAAGCUGUACUUGGCACGAAGUGGGCUGCAGGUGGAGGACUUGGACCAACUGAACAUUAUCCACAUCACUGGAACCAAGGGGAAGGGCUCCACGUGUGCCUUCACUGAACGUAUCCUCCGAAGCUAUGGCCUGAAGACGGGGUUCUUUAGCUCUCCCCACCUGGUGCAGGUGCGUGAGCGGAUCCGCAUCAAUGGGCAGCCCAUAAGCUCCGAGCUCUUCACCAAGCACUUCUGGCGCCUCUACCACCGGCUGGAGGAGACCAAGGACGACAGCAGCUGUGUCUCCAUGCCCGGCUACUUCCGCUUCCUCACCCUCAUGGCCUUCCACGUCUUCCUCCAAGAGAAGGUAGACCUGGCCGUGGUGGAAGUAGGCAUUGGCGGGGCUUACGACUGCACCAACAUCAUCAGGAAGCCUGUGGUGUGUGGGAUCACCUCUCUUGGCAUCGACCACACUGGCCUUCUGGGGGACACGAUGGAGAAGAUCGCAUGGCAGAAAGGGGGCAUUUUUAAGAGUGGCGUCCCUGCCUUCACCGUGCUCCAGCCUGACGAGCCGCUGGCGGUGCUAAGGGACAGGGCUCAGCAGAUCUCAUGUCCCCUCUACCUGUGCCCACCACUACAAGCCCUGGAGGAAGGGGGGCCACCACUGACCCUGGGCCUGGAGGGAGAGCACCAGCGGUCCAAUGCUGCCCUGGCCUUGCAGGUGGCCCGCUGCUGGCUGCAGCAGAAAGGUUACCAGGAUGCUGGGGAGCUGAAGGCAUCCAGGCCCAGCCUCCCGGGGCAGCUGUCCCUGGCACCUGUGUUUCAGCCCACGCCCCUCAUGCAGCAGGGGCUUCGGCACACGGAAUGGCCAGGUCGGACGCAGUUGCUGCGGCGCGGGCCCCUUACCUGGUACCUGGACGGCGCGCACACCACCAGCAGCAUGCAAGCCUGUGUGCGCUGGUUCCGCCAGGCGCUGCACCGCUGCGAGAGGCCGGACAGCGGGUCCGAGGUGCGCGUCUUGCUCUUCAACUCCACUGGGGACCGGGAUUCCGCGGCCCUGCUGAAGCUGCUGCAGCCCUGCCAGUUUGACUAUGCCAUUUUCUGCCCUAACCUGGCAGAUAUGGCAUCAACAGACAAUGCAGACCAACAGAACUUCACAGUGACACUGGACCAGGUGCUGCUCCGCUGCCUCGCCCACCAACAGCACUGGAGUCGCCUGCAUGAGCAGCAGGUCAGCCCGGACCCCUGGAGCACCCCCGGCCAGGAGCAGGAUGGGCCCGCAUCUCUGCUGCUGGCGUCUCACCCACCCCACACCCACAGUGCCAGCUCCCUCGUCUUCAGCUGCAUCUCCCACGCCUUGCAGUGGAUCACCCAAGGCCGGGACCCUCUCUUUCAGCCGCCCAGUCCCCCACGGGGCCUCCUCGCCCACCCUGUGGCAGACAGCGGGGCCAUGGUACUCCAAGAGGCUGCCGCCGUCCAUGUGCUGGUCACAGGCAGCCUGCACCUGGUGGGCGGUGUCCUGAAGCUGCUGGAGCCCUCCCUGUCCCAAUAGCCCAGGCAGUGGGGUGGAGGGGAUGGGCAUUUGCCCUGCAUCUCCCAUGAACUCCUAAACUAUUUGCCUUUUGUGCCUUCCUGAUUCUGUCUAGACUCACCCAGGGUCUUGGGCUCUAGGCAGUGAAAUAGAGAGCUGGAGGCAGGAUGCUGAGCUCUAUCUCCGAGCCUUGGAUGCCCCUAGUCUCUUCUUCCUGGUUCUCCAGCUGUUGGAGCACACCUGACCAUCCAGCCCAUCUCUACUCCCACCCUGCCUGCUUCCUGUCUCAGGCCCAGCUUACUGUGUAAGACGUCUGACCAAGCCUGGGGCCCUGCCGGCUGUUGGUUGCUGGUUGAUAGAUUUCCUCCUCCCAGUGGCCUUCUGGGAAAGGAGAGGGUCCCUGCCUGGGGCCCCCAGGACACAGAGAGUGGCUAAAAUGAUUUAAAGCUUUGAACUUUUUUUUUUCCUUAAAAAAAAAAUUGGCUGGGACUUCAUUGAUAGUCCAGUGGUUUUAAGACUCUGCACUUCCAAUGGAGAGGAUGUGGGUUCGAUCCCUGGCUAAGAUCCCACAUGCUGCAUGGUGUGGCCAAAAAAAUUUUCUAAAGCAUUGGUUAAACAUUUGAUGGGCUCCCUGGGUGGCUCAGAUGGUAAAGAAUCUGCCUGCAAUGCAGGAGACCUGGGUUCAAUCCCUAGGUUUGGAAGAUCCCCUGGAGAAAGGAAUGGUUACCCACUCCAGUAUUCUUGCCUGGAGAAUCCCAUGGACAGAGGAUUCCUGGUAGACUACACUCCAUGGGGUCGCUUGGAGUCAGACAUGACCAAGCAACUAAUACACAAACAUUUGAAUGACUCUUGACCUCUAGCUCCCUCAGCAGACAAUAGGGGGAUGAGGACUGUGGCCGGUCCAAGAACUGCCCUGCGUAGGAGCCCAAGUUGUGUGGCCUGGACAAGUCCUUCCCUCUGAGCCUCAGGUGGCCUGUCUGUGAAAUAAAAAGGAUGAAUUGGUGUCCCUUGA